UUUUAUAAAAUUUUAUUAGUAGUAGAGAGUUAGAGCAGAGAACCAUUACACCUCCAUAUUUUCUUUGUAUACAAAUAUUGUUAGCUUCCAUUUUCCACAAAAACACCAUGGACAACAACAACAACACUCACCAAUCUCUAGCUGAAACUUCGACCACUGCUGCUACUGCUGCUGCUGCGGCUCAGUCAGCCGCAUAUCCACCACAGAGACCCUACGACCAUGUCCUUCAACAACAGCUGCAAAUGUUGUGGAAUUACGAACGUCAAGAAAUCGAACAAGCUACCGACUUCAAAAAUUCCCUCACUCGUAUUAAAAAGAUAAUGAAAGCUGAUGAAGAUGUUCGUAUGAUUUCAGUUGAAACUCCUGUUCUUUUUGCUAAAGCCUGUGAGAUUUUUAUUCAAGAGCUCACUCUCAGUUCAUGGCUUCACACUAAGGAGAAUAAGCAUAGAACGUUACAGAAGAAUGAUAUUGCUGCAGCGAUCAGUCGUACUGAUACUUUCGAUUUCCUUGUUGACAUAAUUCCCAGAGACGAAGUUAAGGAUGAGGGAGUUGGUCUUGGGCUAGCGCCGGGUGGUGUGCCGUAUUAUUACUCUCCGUUGGACCAGCCGGCUCCGGGUGGGGUAGUGCUUGGUAGGCCUGCUAUUCCCGGUACUGUUCCUGGUGUUGUUCCUGAUGUUGAUCCGUCAAUGUAUGUGCCUUAUAUGUCGUUACAGGUAUGGUAAUCUAUGUGGCAGACAUCAGAGGAUCAUUCGUAUCCUAGUGGAGGUAAAAGUAGCAGUGGACAGGCUACCGAUGAUGGCCAAAUGUAAGUUUGCAACUUUCAGAUCUGAGUAAGCUAAGUUUGAAAAUUAUGUUUGGGAGUGAAAAUGCUUAUUCUGUAAACUGGAAGAGGGUGAUUUUGUUCUUUACUUUGUUUCUUCAUGAGUAGUAGAGUCAAUUACAUUAGCUUUUCUUAUUAAAAUUGGACUUACUAAGUGUUAGAACGAAAUCGGCUCAAAUUGAAUGAAACGGAAAUUGGUUGAAUCAUUUAUUCCUUAUUUACACAUAAAGAAAAGAGAUUUCAUGUGCUUUGGUGAGUAAUUAGGAGGUAAAGAUGUGUGCCAAACUCUUCAGAGGACCGAGUAGGGAAAGAGUAAUGACAUGAUGAAGUACAAAACUGGCAAAAGAAUGAACAUUUUUAAUCUUUAGGCGUACCUGCAAUGAACACCAAGGUUGAUGUGGUCUCAAAAUUGGCUUUCGGUUCUAAUAAUUUUAUCUGUUUUCUGAUUAUAGUUUUUCUAUGUAUCUUAUUUAAUUGGGCAUGGCAACAAAUAUAACGUUUUGGGUAACCAUUAAACCUUAGUACUAAAUUUCUCCCAUUUCUUUUGCUGCAGUUAAAAAAUCUCGUUUGCUGCUGGUUUGGAGGCUUUAACAGCAGAAGUGAAACAAGAAAUUUUGGAAGAGUGUAAUUUAUUUGUCAAUUGUAAAUCCACCUUGUUGCUGCUGUCUAUGUACUGGUUUAACGACUUGAAUCUGUGUCUAAAUAAAACUCGAGUCUUUUGUGUAAUCCUGGAUUUCAGUCGAUAAAAUUCUUUUAUGGUUACUAACUGCCAGUGCCAUAUGAUGAUAUAGCUAUGUUUUCUGGUUCCUAACUACUUUUUCUCUUUCGGAAGUUUUAGUUCUUGAUUAGU